CCCAUUGAAUCUCCUCCACCUUUACUUUGUCAAUUUCUUGCGCUUUCAUUGAAUUGCACUGCAAGAGCUGCAUCGAUCUAAAGCCUGCAGCAGUCCCAACACGACAGCGUACUUUCCUGUCCCUUAACAGAUGAGGACCGCAUCAUCACACCGGUUUAUUAUCAAACGGGUGGACUGAAUCCGCACUUACACUGGAAGAAGUGAGAGCCAGCACCGUGGGAGAGAGAUUUCCCGUCGCAGAAGCGUCACUUCUCUGUAGUUGGCUAAUGAUUUUUAUUAAUUCCCAACUUGUCUUAAUCCACCGAGGACAAAACACAGCGAUGAUAAGACUUCAGCACGCUCAUGAGAGUUUAAUUUCGUCAUUUUAUCUCUGAAUUUCGACAUUAAGUGUACCACAACCGGUUAUCACGGGGAUUAAAACCGAUAUUUGUGGUUUUUACGAAAGGAAAUACAAUGCCGGACCAGAUCACAGUGGCGGAGUUUGUGGCGGAGACGAAUGAAGAUUAUAAAUCGCCCACCGCCUCAAACUUCACCACAAGAAUGACUCACUGCAGGAAUACUGUAGCCGCAUUGGAGGAGGCCCUGGAUGUGGACCGCAGUGUCCUUUACAAGAUGAAGAAGUCAGUUAAGGCCAUUUACGCCUCCGGUCUGGCUCACGUGGACAACGAGGAGCAGUAUACUCAAGCUCUAGAGAAGUUUGGAGAGAACUGUGUGUACCGAGAUGACCCUGACUUGGGAUCAGCCUUCCUGAAGUUCUCCGUCUUCACCAAGGAGCUCACAGCCCUCUUCAAGAACCUGUUUCAGAACAUGAAUAACAUCAUUACCUUCCCAUUGGACAGUCUUCUGAAGGGAGAUCUGAAAGGGGUUAAAGGGGAUCUCAAGAAGCCUUUUGAUAAAGCCUGGAAAGACUAUGAGACUAAAGUCUGCAAGGGACAUUCUUUACUGAAAGGUUCUAAAAUAGAGAAGGAGAAAAAAGAGCACGCCCGACAGCAUGGAAUGAUCCGGACGGAGAUCAGUGGAGCAGAGAUCGCAGAGGAGAUGGAGAAAGAGCGCCGUUUCUUUCAGCUUCAGAUGUGUGAGUACCUCCUCAAAGUCAAUGAAAUUAAGAUCAAGAAAGGUGUCGACUUGCUUCAGAAUCUCAUCAAAUACUUUCACGCACAGUGCAACUUCUUUCAGGAUGGUCUCAAAGCAGUGGACAACCUCAAACCCUCAAUAGAGAAACUCGCCACAGACUUGCACUCGAUCAAACAGGUACAGGACGAAGAACGCAGGCAGCUUAACCAGUUACGGGACGUGCUAAAGACCGCUCUGCAAGUGGAGCAGAAGGAGUCUAGGAGAGACUCACAGGUUAGACAGAGCGCCACCUACAGUCUACAUCAGCCCCAGGGCAACAAAGAGCAUGGGACAGAACGCAGCGGGAACCUUUACAAGAAGAGUGAUGGGCUGCGGAAAGUGUGGCAGAAGAGAAAGUGCACAGUGAAGAAUGGUUAUUUGACCAUCUCGCACGGGACGGCUAACAGACCUCCUGCCAAACUCAAUCUUCUCACCUGUCAGGUGAAGCACAACCCAGAGGAGAAGAAAAGUUUUGACCUCAUCUCCCAUGACAGAACGUAUCAUUUCCAGGCAGAGGAUGAGCCAGAGUGUCAAAUAUGGAUCUCAGUGCUGCAGAACAGUAAGGAGGAGGCUCUUAACAACGCCUUUAAGGGUGACCAGCAUGUUGGCGAGAAUAACAUCGUGCAGGAGCUGACCAAGUCAAUUCUGGGUGAGGUCAAGCGGAUGGCGGGUAAUGACGUUUGCUGUGACUGCGGAGCUCCCGGCCCCACAUGGCUCUCCACCAACCUGGGCAUCCUGACGUGUAUCGAAUGUUCAGGGAUCCACCGAGAGUUGGGCGUGCACUACUCCAGAAUCCAGUCACUAACACUAGAUGUUCUCAGCACCUCAGAACUCUUGCUGGCCAAGAACGUGGGGAAUGCUGGGUUUAAUGAGAUCAUGGAAGCUUGUCUGACAGCAGAAGAUGUCAUCAAACCAAAUCCAUCCAGUGACAUGCAGGCGAGAAAAGACUUCAUCAUGGCCAAAUACACAGAGAAGCGCUUUGCUCGCAAGAAGUGUCCUGAUGCGCUGUCGAAACUGCACACGCUCUGUGAUGCUGUGAAGGCCCGGGAUAUUUUCUCUCUCAUCCAGGUCUAUGCUGAGGGUGUGGACCUAAUGGAGCCCAUUCCUCUGGCCAAUGGCCAUGAACAAGGUGAGACGGCCCUUCAUCUGGCCGUGAGACUGGUGGACAGAACCUCCCUUCACAUCAUCGACUUCCUCACCCAGAACAGUUUAAACCUGGAUAAGCAAACGGCUAAAGGAAGCACAGCGCUGCAUUACUGCUGCCUGACAGACAACAGCGAGUGUCUCAAACUGCUGCUGAGAGGAAAAGCCUCUAUAGACAUCGCUAAUGAAGCUGGUGAGACGCCGCUUGACAUCGCCAGGCGACUCAAGCACCUGCAGUGUGAGGAACUGCUUAACCAAGCGCUUGCAGGAAAGUUCAACGCUCAUGUGCAUGUGGAGUACGAGUGGAGACUUCAGCAUGAAGACCUGGACGAGAGUGAUGAAGAUCUGGAUGAGAAGUCCAGCCCUCACCGGCGGGACGAGAGGCCCAUCAGCUGCUACACACCAGGCAGUAACUCCCUUCAGCCCAGUCCGGCCAGCCACGCACGAGACGUGGUCAAAGACAAGCAGCGUUUCGUUCCCAACCUUGUCAACAAUGAGACCUAUGGAACCAUCAUCAACAACAACUCACUGGUCACCCUGUCCACCUCUGCUCCACCUCUACCACCCCGAAAUUUAGUUCAGCCGUCUGGUCUUGCUGGAAUGGCUCAGGGAUCUCCCGGUUGGAAGCCUGGCUCCCUAGAUCUAACCGGCAGGCAGCGAUCUUCCUCUGACCCCCCCAACAUGCAUCCACCAGCGCCCCCCUUACGGGGCACAUCCACUUCCCUUCUUGUUCCCAGCGGAGCUCUUCCUCCUGUGGCUAAACCUGGCAGUAUAGUGGAGGCCAUGACUAUACAGCCCAAACCCGGACAGGGGCCUCCUGGUCAGAGCAUCAGCCGGGCUACAAGCUCGGACAAAAGCUUCAGUAAAAGCACACUGAUGCGCUCCGGAUCCAUCGAGAGACCAGGUAGAUGUCAGAGAAACCAUGCUGACUCUAAAGAAGUUCCUGGAGGCCUCCAGAACACCACUGGUCAAACUGUGCCUGCUACACACAUGCCCAGGAAAACUUACCUGAAGCCGAAGCGUGUGAAGGCCAUGUAUAACUGUGUGGCUGAUAACCCAGACGAGCUGACGUUCUCUGAGGGAGAGGUGAUCGUCGUGGACGGUGAGGAGGACCACGAGUGGUGGCUGGGCCACAUUGAGGGAGAGCCAAUGAGAAGAGGAGCAUUUCCGGUCACAUUCGUGCAGUUCAUCAUGGACUGAAGUUCACAGAUCAUAGACACUGAGUUGGACGGAUGAUGGCACUUCUCUGCUUCUGUGUGGCCUCACUGACCAUCAUCAUCUUCAUCACUGUCCCCUUUGUCAUGAGGUUUGUGUCUUCACUGAGCUUCCAAAAUCCCUGGCUCUAACCUUAUACUCUGUCUGUGGAAUAUAACAGCUUUCUGGGCUUUUUGUUUUUCAUUUUUGGUUUGUGGACCAGAUAUGAUUCAGAAUGAGUUUGAUGCAUCUAAUCUAGUUGCACUUUUAACCUAAUUUAUCAUGACCGCAGUGCUAAUGAGAUGAAUGUCACCAAAAUGAAGGUUUUAUUCCGACAUCCUUAUUCCUUUUAGAUAGACUGCUCUAUACCGUAAAGUUGUAUUUGAAGUACACAGAUCUGUGAAUAUAGUCUUGUUUGCCCACAUUCCAUGACUGGCAAAAAAAGGCAGAAGGAUAAUUGGAGAAUCAUUGACUUUUGAGUUGGAAAAGACAGCUUUGUCAAUGGUGCUAAACCAGGAAUAUGCUACGAGAGCCGCCUGCCUUCGGAGGAGGUGCUCUGAUGUCCCCGUUUCACACUACCUGCCCCAGUGCUGAGUGUAUAAAUAGGCCUUCCACUGCUCACACAUGGGCAACAUCUGAAGUGCACUGAGUGGAUGAGAGAGACAGAGAGACGGACAGACACAAGAGUGCUUUUGUGCUUGCUGAGGGACAGGGGACGUGGAGACUGAAUUAAAGUAAUCUUGACCCUAUACCUGCUGGGAGUUUUAAGCAGCGUGACAGUCUGCAUGAAGAUUCAGUGGCCUCCACAGAGAGCAAAGGAGCAUCAAGGAGGUUUAUUUCUGUAUAGAUAUUUAUAAUCUGGAGCUGUCCUUCUGUGUUAUUGAUUUAGAUGCUCUUAUUGAUUGGAAUGAUCUUUUGCAGACCUUCCUUCAGUGUGCAGGCCACUUGCUUUGAGAGAUCUGUGGAACACUGUCAUUUAUCAAAUGCCUCAUUCAUUCUUAAAGUGAUAACCCAUAAAUGAAAAUGUGGUUAUGUUCUUUCCACAGUACAUCAUCUUUUGCACUGUUUGAAUGUACAGAGUGCUUUUUCAUAACGGGGACUGUGCACUAUAAAUGUGGUCAAUGCUAUUAGUUUUCUAUAUUCCAAGUCUAAUGAAGUCCUAUUGUAACUCUGUGUCAGGAACAGACCGAUAUUUAAAUGGACCAUUCACCCCAAAAUUAAAUUCAGUUUAAUUAUGCUGUGUCAACACAUGCCAAGCCAGGUUUAUGAGAGACAAAUGAUGUCAAACUUGGCACAACAUCACAUGCAAGUUUGAAUGAGAUUUGUGAACUGUGAUAAAGGGCAAAGAUAAUGAGUGAAUAACAUUUUUACCUCUGUUGUUUUACUCCCAACAUAAAUGUUCUGGGUACUUGGAAUAUAGCACCACAUUUAAAAUGUUGUUCUUGUCUUUUUAGAGCUUGACAUAUUUGUCGUCAUUAUGGAAAAAGCACUCUUGACAUUCUUAAAUAUUCAUCCUGGCUGGUUCUGUGGAAGAUAAAAAGGUUUGAAAUAUCAUGACGACAGCAUUUUCAGUUCUGGGUGAACUAUUCCUUUAAGCUGCUCUUCCCUUUCUUCAGUGUGCAAAAUUGGACCACACUGAAUAGUGUUUUUACCUCGAGAUCUCCAAAACCUAGUCAUUUUUAACAGAUUCCAAGGUGUCAGUUUGAGAUUAUUUCCGCCUCCCAGGAUGUUCCCAGAGUCUCCCCGCUUUGGUUGGCCAGAUGGGUGUUCCCUGCACCAGUAAUAACUCUGCAUCUCUCUAAUUGUAUUCCAGGGGAAAUUAAAAUCCCUCAUGUCAUUUCCCCUCACAACACUUCUCUUAAUCCUUUCUAAAGCUUUCAAAUGCUCAUCCAUCUGUAAUUGUGUGCUGGAGUAACACAGCAGAGCGUUUUAUGUCAUGAGUGUUUGAUGUGGUUGCAGAGCAACUUAAUAGAGUCUGUUAUGUAACUUUUAAUUACAGUCAUGUUAGUCUUGAUUGAGCUCGGACCAGAGUGACCUGUAACUCGCCCGAGGGAUGUAAUUAUCCUGUGUUCAGCUCACUGUAUAUGGUAUACGGUCGGCACCUGGCCGGCUGUGAUUGUAGAUAAAUGUAGACUUUGCUUUGUGCAUAUUUAAUUGUAAACAGAGAGCUAAACUGUUAAUGACUGAUGUUUUGAUGUACUGUUAGAUAAGACUGUUACAGUACACUUUGAACUAAGAUGAAAAUGACCUCUAUUCACCCGUUUACCAUAAACGUCAUUGAUGCUAAUAUAUAAAUUAUAUGUACAAAUAAAUGGGAAAACUGGAAUUAAAAAAACUGCAAAAGAA